UCGGUCCCCCGUGCCGCAACGGCCGAAAACAAAGAGCCCUCUUUCGUCCGAGGGCACCAUGCUAGCCGGCGCGGAUGACGGCCUCUCCCUGACCAUCGCCCAGAUCGUGGAGAAGCUGAAGGGCUCCGGACUUCACGCCCAGCUGGAGCGACAGGCUCGGCUCAGUUUACACAAUCCAGAGAUUAAGCUACAAUCCCUAAAGGAAGAUAUUAAGGAAUUUCUGAAGACAUCAGGUUGGGAAAAGAAGCUGCACAAUGCUGUUUAUAGAGAAAUCAGUAUGUUUCCUUUACCUUGUUCUCCAUCAGUGCCUCCUGAACACAUCAAGGAACCUUUGGCUUACAUGAGAAAAGCUCAGGCAAACUGGGAAAAACGUAUUUUGAAGAGCCUAAACAGCAUGUGUAUAGAACUUGGUAUUCCGUUAUCACAGAAGAGACCGCUGAGUGAGCAAAAAGAACUGUUGAGUAAAUGGAAUGAAAUGGGGACGGAUGAACCAGAUCUGAGUCUCUUCAGGCCAGUUUAUGCACCUAAAGAUUUUCUUGAGGUGCUGAUGAACCUGCGCAAUCCAAAUUACGACACCAGCGAGGUGUCUAAUUUUAGAAAUCACUUGGGACUAAUUCAGGUCCCACUCAAUGUGAAAGAUAUACCUGAACUGAAGGAUUAUUUUAGCGAAUUAGACCUGAACACUGGUCAGAUGGAUAUUGAUGAUUCUGCACAUGUGCCUUCAGAGCUUUAUGAAAAUGAGCACGUACGCCUCGGUCAAAAAGUUCUUAUGGAGCAGGACAGCGCAGCUGCCCAACAGUACGUGCGACAAGGCUCUCCAAAUUCAUUAAGAGCAGAGCUGUGGGCACUGAUUCUGAACAUUUCAACCCAACCAGAGGAUAUCUUGUACUAUGAACAACUGAAGUCUAACGUGAUCCAGUACAAUCUUUUGGUGGACAGUCUGAUUUAUAAAGAUGUGAAAUUGACAGCCAGCAAUGAUGACUACUACUUUGUGUUUGAGGAUUAUUUAUAUCAGGUGUUGCUUUGUUUCUCCCGAGACACUUCAGUGUUGGAACACUUUGCGUACAAUAGUGCUACCCCACCCAGGUCGUUCAUUCGAGGAAAGCUUGGAAUGGAACAAUACGCUGUGUUUUAUCCGCCAAACGGUGUCAUUCCUUUCCAUGGCUUUUCAAUGUAUGUUGCUCCUCUUUGCUUUCUGUACAAUGAGCCCUCCAAGCUGUAUCAGAUAUUUCGUGAAAUAUAUGUGCGUUACUUCUUCAGACUUCACUCCAUUUCUUCUCACUCUUCGGGGAUUGUAUCACUAUGUCUGCUGUUCGAGAAUCUCCUUCAAAGCCAUCUCCCGCAGCUGUUCUAUCAUCUUCGAGAAAUUGGAGCGCAGCCGCUAAGAAUAUCAUUUAAAUGGAUGGUCCGAGCCUUCUCUGGAUACUUGGCUACCGAUCAGCUGCUGUUUUUGUGGGACAGAAUUUUGGGAUACAACACUCUGGAAAUCCUGGCUGUCCUGGCAGCUGCUGUGUUUGCUUUCCGAGCGGGGAAUCUGAUGGAGGUGACAUCACUAGCCGCAGCUGAAGCUGUCCUUGCUGAUCUUUCAACUCUGAAAGUGAUGCCUCUUCUUCAGAUCUUCCUCUUCGCCACUGGCUCUUCGUAACCUUCCAAAGUCCCAGGGCUGCAUGGCUAGCAGACUUUUCAACAGAUGCUGAUAAUAAGCCUUUCGCCCAAUUAACAAUUUAACAGUUAACGGUUUUGCAAAGAAUUGAAUAUGCUGCUCUUGCCUGGUAACCUCCCCAAACGCUGUUGCGUAUCGCCUUUUCACUGCUGCUUGCUGUUGUAUUUUAGCCAAGCUGCGAUACCUGGAUAUAGUGCAAAUCAAAAAAGGGAAUCUUUUUCUUUAAUGCAUGCAGUAUUAAGUGC